AUGUCCAAAGACACGGAAGGCAAGAGCGAGAAAAUUAUGGAUAUGGAGAGCCAGGUGAUGUGGUACCCGGACUCUAAGAGGAACACUCAGAUGGACAGGUUCAGGAUACAGGUCAACGGAGACUACGGACUUAAUCUGGCGAGUUACAAUGACCUGUAUCAGUGGUCUGUGGACAACUAUCCAGAGUUCUGGGCAGAGGUGUGGCGCUUCUGUGGAGUACUAAGCUCCAAGCCAUAUGAAGAGGUGGUGGACGUGUCCAAACCAAUUUCAGAUGUUCCUGAGUGGUUUAAAGGGUCUCGCCUCAACUACGCUGAGAAUCUGCUCAAACAUGCAGACCAGGACAAAGUGGCUCUCUAUGCAGCGACGGAGGCGAAUGAAGAGAUUGUGAAGGUGACGUUCGGGGAGCUGAGGCGUGACGUAGCGUUGUUUGCUGCAGCCAUGAGGAAAAUGGGCAUCCAGACAGGAGACAGAGUCGUGGGCUACCUGCCCAAUGGGAUCUAUGCUGUGGAGGCCAUGUUAGCAGCAGCCAGCAUCGGAGCCAUUUGGAGCUCUACGUCCGUUGACUUUGGGGUCAAUGGCGUCCUCGACAGGUUUUCCCAAAUCCAGCCCAAGCUGAUCUUCUCCGUCGCUGCUGUGGUUUAUAAUGGCAAAACGCACGACCACAUGGAGAAGCUGACCAGUGUCGUCAAAGGUUUACCUGAUCUGAAAAAAGUGGUGGUGAUCCCCUACGCUCGCUCCAAACAGGAAACUGACCUCUCCAAGAUCCCCAACAGUGUAUUUAUAGAGGAUUUUCUGGCAUCUGGGCGCGGGGAAGGCGACCAGUUUCCUCAGCUGGAGUUUGAACAACUUCCGUUCAGUCAUCCCCUGUUCAUUAUGUACUCCUCUGGCACCACAGGAGCUCCGAAAUGCAUGGUCCAUUCUGCUGGGGGUACACUCAUCCAACACUUGAAGGAGCACAUUCUCCAUGGUAAUAUGACCAGCAGCGACGUCAUUAUUUACUACACCACGACCGGCUGGAUGAUGUGGAACUGGCUGGUGUCUGCUCUGGCAGUGGGAGCUUCAGUGGUUUUAUAUGACGGUUCCCCACUAAUGCCCACACCCAACGUACUGUGGAACCUGACGGACCAGCUGGGAAUCACUAUCUUUGGUACUGGGGCUAAGUGGCUGUCAGUGCUUCAGGAGAGAAACCUGAAACCUGUGGAAACACACAACCUCCAGUCCCUCCACACCAUCCUGUCUACUGGCUCUCCUCUAAAACCCCAAAGCUAUGAUUAUGUCUACAACAGCAUUAAGAGGAAUGUGCUCCUGGGCUCCAUCUCAGGCGGUACUGACAUCGUGUCCUGCUUCAUGGGUCAGAACCCAACCGUUCCAGUGUAUCGGGGUGAGAUCCAAACCAGAAACCUGGGCAUGGCUGUGGAGGCCUGGAGCCUCGACGGUAAGCCUGUGUGGGGAGAGAGCGGCGAGCUGGUCUGCUUGAAGCCGAUCCCCUGCCAGCCAACACACUUCUGGAAUGACGAGAAUGGGAGCAAAUACCAUAAGGCGUAUUUUUCCUCAUAUCCCAGUGUGUGGGCCCACGGAGAUUACUGUAAAAUCAAUCCAAAGACAGGAGGGAUCGUCAUGCUAGGCAGAAGCGACGGAACAUUGAACCCCAAUGGAGUCCGCUUUGGCAGCUCAGAGAUCUACAACAUCGUGGAGGCGUUCGAGGAAGUGUCAGACAGCCUUUGCGUCCCUCAGUAUAAUGCCGACGGAGAAGAGCGUGUCAUUUUGUUCUUAAAGAUGGCACCCGGGCAGCCCUUCAGUCCGGAGCUGGUGGCGAAGAUUAAAGGGGCCAUUAGGAAAGCUCUGUCGGCUCGACAUGUCCCCGCUCUGCUGCUGGAGACCAGAGACAUUCCUUACACCAUCAGCGGUAAGAAGGUGGAAGUGGCUGUGAAGCAGGUGAUCGCAGGUCGGGAUGUGUUGCAAAGAGGAGCUUUCUCCAAUCCUGAUUCUCUAGACCUGUACAAGAACAUUCCUGAACUCCAGAACUUUUAAAAAAAAACAAAGCACUAUGGGUCAGAGAAAGGAUCUGCAAACAAGAACCACCAACCAUAGUUUUUACAUUAACUCAAAUCAAAAUUACUGUGAGUUUGGUGCAUUCCAGUGAAUAUUCUCUGAGAUUUGAAUGGGGGAAAAAAAAAGGAAAGUAAUGUCAAAUUAACACAUAAAUAGUGCAGAUGAUAUGUAUAUAAUAAGUUAACUCUUCCAGGCAGAUGAAAGACUUUAAAACCAUGAGGUGCACUGCUUCAAACGCUAACGUCAUGUGAUCCAGCGGCUGCUUCCAUGUCGUCCGUGUCCGUGUCGAAGAGGUUUUAGCUGAAUGUAACGCCAUGAUGUGCAACUCGUCAAUGAGCUCAAGUUCUCCGAAGCCGUCGAAAACAAACUGAAAGAGGUGAAAUUUACCAUCACACACUUUUGCUUUGGCUUCACGGCCCCGUGGCAGUCAUCUGGUCAUGAACCCCCAUCUCAGCAUCACACACUUCGUUCAGUUCCAGACUUGAAAACCAUGUGACGUGUGCAGAUAAACAUCUGAGAUGAGCACCUCAGCUCUGCCUCAUAUCACCAGACUAUUUUUAUGUGUUGUGUAUUACUUAAGUAAAUGUAUAUAUAGUUGAAGUAUAUAUAUAUAUUAUUUUUUUGGACUGUGAAUGACAUUAACAUACUGUAAUGAUGUGUUUAAAGAUAGAGACCCAAACCAAAGUAAAGCUUGUAACAUGUGAGGAAUUCUAGUUUGGUUAAAUUAACCAGAGAACCCAGAUUACUGAACUUAAAUAGUUAUUAACCUCUUACAUAUUACAAGUCAAAACCCCCAUCUGUAUGUCAUUGAACUGAAUUGGAUUUCAUUUUAGUCCAUCCAAUGCAUGAUUUCAUAUUAGCCCUCAUUGUCAAACUGUGAUGCACUCUUUUAUACUUAGGGGGUUUUCACACCUCAAAGUCUGGAUCAGAUCUGAACCAAGGUUUUUCUGUUUUAUAUACAUCAUGUACAUCUGGUCUGGUUUACAGAAGACGAUUAGGGCCACUGGG